UGUGUAUCACACAGAACGGCAUGAUGCUGCCUUUACAGGUGGCUACUUUUAAAUUCCCCUAUAGCUUUUGGAUUACUCUUAUUCUGUCUUUCCUACCAACAUCCACUGCAACUGCACCUGAAUUUUCAGGGUAUCUGCACAAGGUGUUAAAGAGCCACACAUCUCACGCCUGUGAUGGAGAUCUUAUUACUGUGACCUGCCCACACAAGACAUCUAUCAGUAUUCUCUCUGCUUUCUAUGGACGUCGGAUCUCCAGUCAGAAUUUAUGCCCUUCUGUGCUAGAAAAGUCAGAAGAGAACAUGUUCUGCAGCUCUCCAACUGCCCUACAGAAACUUUAUGAUGAGUGUCAGGACCAUCGUUCCUGUCAGUUAUUGGUGAACAGUCGAAUUUUUGGAUCAGAUCCAUGUCCAGACACAAACAAAUAUCUAUUAGUGUCGUACAAGUGUAAGCCAGAUAAUUACAAGGUGAGGAGAGUAUGUGAGGAUGAGCAGCUCAAUCUGGUUUGCAGGAAUAACUCUCUUUUAUCCAUAUAUUCUGCUACUUAUGGAAGAGCUUUACAUGGAAAUCCCGAAUGUGCCUCCAAAAACAAGACCAGCCCAGAAUAUGAAUGUUAUGCUCAGACAUCCUUAAGAAAAGUGUUCAGAAGGUGCCACCGUAGACACAACUGUACCAUUAUCGCUGACACCAGGACUUUUGGAGAUCCCUGUUUUCCAGGCACAAUGAAGCAUUUGACAGUAUCCUAUACAUGUGUUCCAAGGCGUCUUCUUGAAGAGAUUGGGAGUUCAUCUACAGAUCCAUUUUCUCUUUCAGACUCUACACAUGGUGGCUGGUACACAGGCCCUAGACUCUCCAUGCUCUCUGAGGAUGCAAUGAUUCUGACUGACUCCCUAGAAGUCUUUGCCAUGGUGCAGGAUGUCCCUGAGAAGCUGGCUCUCUAUUUCCUUUGUGGAGUCUCUGCAGGUUUAGUUUUUCUCCUUUGCAUCUUUACUCCAAAAAUAAUAUUCCUACAAGACAUAAAGAAGGCUUUCUGGGAACCACAGAGCAAUGAUGAGCCAGUACUUGGAGGAAUAAAGAUGGUUGUUCGGAGAGUUGAUGAAAAUAGAGAGCAUGAUGACAGCUCUUCUGAAUCGUCCUUUCGCCGACUAAGUCACUCUUACCGUUUUUCAAACAAUAUAUUCAGUCCUGAUGUUACAGCCGCCUUCGAGGGGACUACUGAGGACAAAGGACAGGGGACUGAUGAGAUUUGGUUGCCCAAAGAAGCGAGUCCUUAUGCCAUCCAGAAAAUCAAGGAGACAUCAGAGUAGUCCCUUUAACCUAAAUAAAUCUGUAUUAGAUCACAUGAAACAAACAAGACAAGUUUUAAAUAUGCUCAGUGUUAUAGUUAAAAAGAAUUAUACAUCUACAGGUUUAUACCACUAGUGUUCCUUUUCCUAAAUUGAUUGUGUCUCAAUACUUUUACAUUGAUAAUAAUUGCAGAAUCUAAUUACUCACCCAAACUUUACACCUAUAACUAGAUUAACCCCAAAUUUAAUUAUUUUUGACAAACUGAUACUAUUAAAAAAAUGUUUAUCUACCAAUAUAUUCUAUGUAGUGAAUUCCACAACUUUACACAAAACUUUACUUCAUAUUAAAUUGUAAAUCCUGAAUUUAGGGGCAUUUAU